AAUGGGCAUAGGUUAUGGGUUUUACGUGGAGCUGCGAUUAGUUUAAUGGCAGCGAGGUGGUGGUGGGGAAGGCUUCCUUAUCCUUUGGGUCACCCUGCGACGUACUUUUGUCUUGUAAUGCUGUUCUUCACGAGGGUUUGACAGAGUUUUCCUUUUGAAAAGAUCCCAUCUUUCCAUCUUUUUUGGCCGAAUUCUUCUUCCUUCGGUUUCCCCUUGUGUUGUUCGAAGCGCUUCUUUAAUCAUUGUAUUGCCUCUUUUUUAGCUUUUACCUCCUCACUGUGAGAUUCCCUGCUCUCUUGUUCUUUUAGGGUGUGUGAGACCACCGCACUCACAUCCACUUCUCUUGAGCUGCUGUGCUCCUUGUAGGACCUUCAAAUCACUUGGCUUUGUUGCUACAGUCCGAGAAAUGGGCCGGGCGACGCGGUGGCUGCGGAGCCUGUGGGGUGGGAAGAAGGAGAGCAAGGAUCCCAAGGAGUACUCCCGCUACAGCGGUGGCGAGGACAGGAGGGAGAAGAAAAGGUGGAGCUUCGGGAAGCCAGCCAGGGACGCCGGGGAGGUGGUGCUCGGCCAGAAUGCUUCGACGGCGGCGGCGGUGGAGGCGGCGUGGUUCAGGUCCUUCUACGCUGAGAGCGACAAGGAGCAGAGUAAGCACGCCAUCGCCGUCGCCGCUGCCACAGCUGCGGCCGCCGACGCAGCGGUGGCGGCGGCGCAGGCUGCGGUCGCGGUCGUGCGGCUGACGACCAGGGGGACGGGCGCCGCUCUCGACAGCUGCCGCGAGCGGUACAUGGCGGCGGUCAAGAUCCAGACAUCAUUCAGGGGAUACUUGGCAAAGAAAGCCCUCCGAGCUCUCAAAGCACUAGUGAAGCUACAAGCUUUAGUUAGAGGCUAUCUGGUACGCAAGCAAGCCACAGCUACUCUUCGUAGUAUGCAGGCCCUCAUCAGAGCUCAGGCCACCGUCCGAGCUCAGAGAUCUCGAAAUCUUCUUCCACAUGACCGAAGGUUUCAGCUAGAAUUCCGCCAUCGGCGAUCGUUGGAAAGGUUCGAUGAUACGCGGAGCGAGAACACGUCGUCGUUCCACAGUAGAAGGCUCUCCGCGUGCCUCGAUAAUGUCUCGAACAGCUUCGACCGGAGCCCGAAGAUUGUCGAGGUCGACACCGGCCGCCCGAGGUCGAGGUCUUCCCGACGAAGUACUCCAUCUGUCUUAGACCCCGCCGAAGACUUGCACUGGAGCUCCAUCACGUCUCCUCUCCCAUGCCAGAUUCCGGCGAGGAUCUCCGUCCCCGACUGCCGGGACUUCCAAGACUACGACUGGUGCCUCGCCUUCGAGAAAUGCCGACAAUCUGCAACCGCGCAGAGCACCCCUCGCUGCGCAAGUUCAUGCAGCAACUGGCCAGUCACUGGGGCGAAGAGCGUGUGCGACGAGGACGGAGUUCUCCGCCGCUUCUCGAACGUGCCGAGCUGCCCCAACUACAUGGCGAGCACGGAGUCAUUCGAGGCGAAGUUGAGGUCUCAGAGCGCUCCGAAGCAGCGGCCGGAUCCGGCCGGGACGAGGAAGAGGCUGCCUCUGAGCGAAGCGACGGUGGAGUCCAUGGCUGCUCUUAGCGGAGUGGGAUUCCAGAGGCCCUGUUCUCGAGCUCAGGAGGACUUCAACUUUAGGAGUGCUGUCGUUGGGAAAAUCGACCAGUCCUCCGAGUUGAGGAGGGAGGCAGAGGAAGAGUUCUACUUGCCAAGGAAGUGGUAAUGCAGGAACAGAGUCAUAAGAUUAUUAGAACAAGAGGAACAUAGAGAGAUCUGUACUUCUUUCUCUGGAUCAUUUCUUUUGCUGUUGUGUUCACAGCACUGGUGGAGAGAGAAGCAUAGUGUGGUUUCCAUGUAAAUUCUUGACAAAUCUCAUCUUCCUCAGGAGAUGCAUUGUUUCCUUCCAAGUUAAUCAUCUUCAACCUCUUUAUCUACUGGACUUUGUUGGA